AUGUCCCCGGUCCUUCCCUGGUCGGUCCUCUAUCGUGUCAGCCAUCAGCUCCGCCGCCCUGGUCUCAUUGAUAUGCCCAGGAGGGGUCCCGGGGCGCCAGGUCCCAGCCCUGCUCCGGGCCGCCUCGGCACUGGCUGGGCGCGCAGCCUCGUCUUCUUCUUCGCUCGGGAAGCGUCGGAAGCGGCGCCGUACACGGGACCCGCACUAUCACCCUCCGCCUGGCCGGGCGCCUGUGUGCUUGUGGCCGCGGCAGCAGCAGGCGUUCCGGCGCACACAGCGGCAGUCAUCUCGCCCUCUACCCCCUGGGCUCCGCUCUGCUCCCCGGCCGCCGCGAUCACUACCGCCGCCAGCACUGCGGCCGGUACCGGCUCUGGUGACGCGGACCACUCCACCUCCGCCCCGACCCCAGCAAUCUCCCCCGCCUCAACCUGGGCUGGGGACACUGCAGACACCGGCGUCGGGGGUCCAGCAGAGAGAGGAUCCUCCACCGGAUGCGGCGGCCCCGUCGGCCACACGGCAGAGGGUGAAGUUAAGUCGUCGUCAGAGGCGGCGGCAGGCCCGCUAGCAGGCGCUUCCCCUGCAGUCUCCUUCCGCGUCGUCGCUGUCACUUCAGCCGCCGCCACCACGCCAGAUGCUUUCAGCAGCGCCGCAGCAGGAUCGGCCGCAUCAGCAGCCACCACCAAACCGGGCUCAGCAGCAUCAGCAGCCACCGCCGAACCGGGCUCAGCAGCAUCAGCGGCCACCGCCGAACUGGGCUCCGCAGCAUCAGCAGCCACCGCCGAACCGGCCUCAGCCGCAUCAGCAGGCACCGCUGAACCAGACUCAGCAGCAUCAGCAGCCGCCGCUGAACCGGGCACAACAGCAUCCGCAGCCGCCGCCGAACCCGUUGCCACUCCCCCAACCUCCUGUGCAUCAGCAACCAGCACCCCCGGGGCAACUGUUUCCCCCCGUCCCUCCUGUUGCUGCUCCUGCGGCCCCGUUGCCUCCCCACGUCGAGCUGCGCGUAAUGCACCAAUGUUCCAGGCGGAGAUGAACCACAUCCUACGGCCCCUGCUGGACGAAUGCGUAGUAGUGUACCUGGACGACAUUCUCAUCUACUCCAAGAACAUGAAGGAGCACGUGGAGCAUCUGCGGAAGGUAUUUGAGAUCCUGCAUAAAAAUAAAUUCUACGUGAAGCUGUCGAAGAGCGACUUCGCACUGAAGAAGGUGCAGUUUCUCGGGCACAUGGUGAGUGCGGAGGGCGUACACGUGGACCCGCGGAAGAUCGAAGCCGUUAAGAAGUGGAAAGUCCCAAAGAACGUGAAGGAGUUGCAGCAGUUCCUCGGCUUCGCCAACUACUACAACAGGUUUGUGCCGCAGUACGCUAAGAUAGCAGCGCCACUGACCGACCUACUGAAGAAUGACACGCCCUUCAAGUGGGGUGCUCCUCAUCAGCAAGCCAUGGAACAGCUACAGACAGCACUGACCACAGCGCCAGUACUCAUCCUACCGGACCCUGACAAGGACUACGUAGUUGAAGCAGACGCUAGUGACCAGGCAGUCGGAGCAGUACUGAUGCAGGAUCACAGGAACGGUUUACAGCCUAUCGCCUACCUCAGUAAGAAGUUACACGGAGCAGAACUGAACUACCCCAUCCACGACAAGGAAGCCUUAGCUAUAGUCGUAGCCUUCAAGGCGUGGAGGUGUUACCUAGAGGGAGCCAAGACCACAGUCUAUACAGACCAUUGCUGCCUCAAAUACCUGAAAUCGCAGCCGACGCUUUCACGACGGCAGGUGCGGUGGGUGGAUUUCUUGGAGACCCACUUCCACUACGACAUCGUCUACAAACCCGGGCUCCACAACAAAGCAGACGCGUUGAGCCGCCUAGGUCACGUAGCAGGCAUCCAGCUCGACGGGAUGAACCCUCUGCUCAAGGGUCUAUUCCAGCAUGGAUCCUUUUAG